AUGUUCUCUUCACUCUCAUUAACAUUUCUCUUCAUCGCAGUAUUUACUGGUACAAUUACUUAUGCAGCACCGGUGAGCAAUGCUGUAUGCAAAGCUAAUUUUUUUGAUCAGGGCACAUGUGAUAUUAGAGUCGGUACUCCUUCUUCAUGCCAAAAAUCAACGCUCAAUUUAGCCGAAUCCAAGCUAGCAUCCUGCAAGUCAGGGUCAAUCUUUUGGAGUUAUCCAAUGAAUACAUUGAUAGUGACCAUCGAAACACCAUUUUCACAAAAGCGUCAACCUUUUUCUAUUCGUCUGGAAAAUGAACAAAUGAAGUUAGCAAUCUCACGUGUUUGUCAAGUAUCUCCACAAGGAUCGACUGAACUUCAACCCAUCGGGAAUAUAAUUACGGCUAAAUCAGAUUCGAAUUAUCAAGUUGUUCUUAAAUUUGAAGCACCACCAAAACUGACAUUCUUUGGUGUGCUUAUCAAGUACACUGUUGUGCCAAAGUGA